CAUUACCGGAAGAAGUGGGGCCUUUGACCUCCUCGUCCUAGUGCCCCUGCAUAAAAUAUUACAAACUCCGGCGACCGGCGUCGAGCUUGAUUACGUUACGUGCCGCCGCUAGCUUCUCUAUCCUUUUCCCGAUCCGCACCGGGCCAAACAAUUCUUUCCGCAGUGACAGCCCGGCAGCUAGAGCACUAACGAUUUUUUUGUCCCGGCCUGAUCACCGACCAAGCUCAGCUCUGCUCUGCACGGCCAUGACCGCAGCUCGCCGCUGUGCUCUGCUUCUGCUCUUCGCCCUCGUGCUCCCGGGCACCGGCCGCGCGGGGGCGCAGCGCGAGCGCGGCCGCGGCAGCCUGCCGCGCGGCGCCUCGCUCGCCGUCGAGGACCACGCGUCCGACCUCCUCGUCUCCCCGGACGGCGCCUUCGCCUGCGGCUUCUACGCCGUAUCCCCCACCGUCUUCACCUUCUCCGUCUGGUUCGCGCGCUCCGCCGACCGCGCCGUCGUCUGGACGGCCGCCGCCACCGCCACGGCGCGCCGCGCCGUGCACAGCCAGGGCUCCCGCCUCGCGCUCGACGGCCGCCGCGGCGCGCUCGUCCUCACCGACUACGACGGAGAGGCCGUCUGGAACUCCACCGCCCACAACGGCGCCGCGCGGGCGCGGCUCCGGGACACCGGCAACCUCGCCGUCGAGGACGCCCGGGGGAGCGUCCUGUGGCAGAGCUUCGACCACCCGACCGACACCCUGCUCCCCGCCCAGCGCCUCAGCGGCGCCGCCGGGAGCGGCCUCGUGUCCACCAGCAGGCUCCUCGCGGCUGGGCACUACGGCUUCCGGUUCAGCGACUACGCCAUGCUCUCAAUGGUGUACGACGAUGGUGGCGAGGUAUCGACCAUCUACUGGCCCAACCCCUACUUCAGCUACUGGCAGAACAGCCGCAAGAUCUACAAUUUCAGCCGCGAGGCCGAGUUGGAUUCCACGGGCCAUUUCUUGGCCAGCGACAACGCGACGUUCGAUGCCGCCGAUCUGGGCAGCACCGGGGUCAGGAGGAGGUUGACGCUGGACACCGACGGCAACCUCCGGCUGUACAGCUUGGACGGCGAGGCAUGGACCGUGUCGUGGAUGGCGUUCUCCAACCCCUGCAUCAUCCACGGCGUGUGCGGCAUCAACGCGGUGUGCCUCUACACGCCUUCACCGGCCUGCGUCUGCGCCCCCGGGCACGAGCGCGCCGACCGGAGCGACUGGAGCAGGGGCUGCCGGCCGACGUUCAGCAACUCCACCGGCGGCCGCGACGAGCAGGUGAAGUUCGUGGCGCUGCCGCACACCGACUUCUGGGGCUUCGACCUCAACAACAGCGAGUACCUGUCGCUGGACGCGUGCGAGGCGCAGUGCACCGGCGAGCCGUCGUGCGUGGUGUUCCAGUACAAGCAGGGCAAGGGGGAGUGCUACCCCAAGAGCCUCAUGUUCAACGGCAGGACGUUCCCCGGCCUGCCCGGCACGGCCUACCUCAAGGUCCCAGCCGACUUCAACGUGCCGGAGCUGCGCAUCCAUCAAUGGCAGACCGAUGAUGGCCUCGCCAUCCAGGAGGGCAUUGCCGGAUGCGACGCCGCGGCACCGGAGGUCUUGCUCAACGUCUCCGGCACGGCGAAGAUGAGCAGCAACCAGGGCAAGUCGCUAUGGUUCUACUUCUACGGCUUCUUGUCCGCGUUCUUCGUCAUCGAGGUGUUUGUGAUAGCGUUUGGGUGCUGGCUCUUCUCCAAGAAAGGGAUACUGUCCAGGCCAUCGGAGCUGCUGGCCGUGGAGGAAGGGUACAGGAUGAUCACCAGCCAUUUCCGGGCGUACAGCUACUCAGAGCUGCAGACGGCCACCAGGAAGUUCCGCGCCGAGAUCGGCCGCGGCGGUUCGGGCACCGUGUACAAGGGGGUCCUGGACGACGACAGGACGGUGGCCGUCAAGGUGCUGCAGGACGUGAGCCAGAGCGAGGAGGUGUUCCAGGCCGAGCUGAGCGCGAUCGGCAGGAUCUACCACAUGAACUUGGUAAGAAUGUGGGGGUUCUGCUCGGAAGGCGCGCACCGGAUUCUGGUCUACGAGUACGUCCACAACGGAUCAUUGGCAAAUGUGCUGUUCCAAGGCACCGGAAAUUCCGGCGGGUUGCUGGGAUGGAAGCAGAGGUUCAGCAUCGCCGUCGGCGUGGCCAAAGGACUGGCAUAUCUUCACAAUGAGUGCCUGGAGUGGAUCAUCCACUGCGACAUGAAGCCGGAGAACAUACUGCUGGAUGAUGAAAUGGAGCCCAAGAUCACCGACUUCGGGCUGGCGAAGCUGCUCAACAGAGACGGGUCCGACUCGGGCCUGUCGCGAAUCCGAGGAACAAGGGGGUACAUGGCGCCCGAGUGGGUGUCCAGCCUUCCCAUCACCGAGAAGGUCGACGUGUACAGCUAUGGCGUGGUGCUCCUGGAACUGAUGAAAGGGAAGAGGGUUUCAGACUGGGUGGUGGAUGGGAAAGAGGGGCUUGAAACUGAUGUCAGAACCGUGGUGAAGAUGAUCGUUGACAGAUCGAAGCGCGGCGAUGGAGGAUGGGUUGCGGACCUCGUGGAUGAACGGCUGGAUGGCGAAUAUAAUCAUGCGCAAGCUAGAAUAUUUGCCCAGUUGGCUGUCUCAUGUUUAGAGGAAGAUAGAAACAAAAGGCCCGGUAUGAAGAAUGUAGUGCAGACGCUCAUCUCUGCAGAUGAUGAGUCAAGAGAUAAUGAAUAUCCGGAAAUAUGAUUCAGUUUUUUUGGACA